AUGUCUUUCGGAUUUGGAGGGUUCGGCCAGAACAACCAAAGCAGCGGCUUUGGCACUGGCACUGGCUCUGCUUUCGGAGCAGGCGCCAACACUGGUGGAGGCUUUGGCUCGACAGCUUCCCCGUUCGGAGGUGCUACUGGCACUUCAGGUGCCUUCGGCGGUGGCGCUUCCAACACAUCUACUGGCUUCGGAUCUGGUUCCGGCACUGGCGGAGGAUUCGGAACUACUCCAGCACAGCAACCUAAUUCCCUUUUCGGCGGCCAAACUCGCCCUGGUGGAUUCGGCACCACCAAUACUUCUAACAGCGGAUCUCUCUUCGGAGGCACUCAGACUGCUGGCACCACAGGUGGCUUUGGUACUGGUGGAGGAUUUGGUUCCACCGGCACCACGGGCGGUUUUGGCGCUAAUGCCAGUGCAGCUCCCACGGGUGGAAGCCUUUUCGGUAGUGCUAAGCCUACAGGCUUUGGCUCUUCAGCUACAGGCACUAGCGGAUUCGGCACUAGUGGUGGCUUCGGAUCUACUGCUGCUUCCACCACAACCCCCAGCACAGGCUUUGGCUCAGGUACUGCCUUCCAAGGAGCUCUACCUACCUGCGAAGGUACUGGCAGCACCCCGUUCACUCCAUGGACCGAGAAGGAUACCAGCUCAGCCAACACCACGAACCACUAUCAAAGCAUCUGCUUUAUGCAACCCUACAAUAAAUGGUCUUUCGAGGAGCUGCGCCUAGCGGAUUACCAACAAGGUCGCCGCUUCGGCAAUGGCAGUGGACAAGCUGGUGGUUUUGGCGCUCCUGCUUUCGGUGGCGCCACUACUGGUGGAUUCGGUCAGCAAAACACUACAGCUACUCCUGGUGGCUUUGGCGCUAGCACCACUCCAUUCGGAGGGGCUGCCACGAGUGCGCCAUCUGGUUUCGGUUCGACCCAGACCGCAGGAGGAUUCGGCUCCACUGGUACUAACCCAUUGUUCGGCGGAGCAGCCAAACCAGCAACUUCCCUUUUCGGUGGUGGAACUACUCCUGCAGCUUCUUCGGGAUCUCUCUUUGGCGGAGCCACACAGACUACCGGUGGCUUUGGAAGCAACACCGGUACAGGAACCGGAUCAGCUUUCGGCAACACCGGAGGGUCCAUGUUCGGUGCCAACAACCAGCAACAAAACAAGCCUGCAUUUGGUGCACCCGCAACAACCGGCGGUAGCGCCUUUGGUGGUUUCGGCAAUACUCAAACAACUACUGCCGCCAAUCCGUUCGGAGCUUCGACUGCCACAGCCUCGCCCUUUGGUGGCGGUACUCAGCAGCAAACCCCAAGUGCCUUCGGUGGUUUCGGUGGUGCAACCCAACAGAACCAGGCUCAACCCCAAACUAAGUCAUUGUUUGGCGGCGGUGGAUUUGGCGCGGGCACCCAGCAACAGGGAACUGGCACAGGUUUGCUCGGCGGCGGCGCUGGCACUACUCCAGCCACUGGAUCUUCACUCUUCGGAGGAACCCAGCAGCAACCCCAGCAGCAAGGAGGUAGCUCACUCUUCGGUGGUCAAAACCAGCAAGCUGGUACCGGCAGUUCCCUAUUUGGCGGUGCACAGAAUCAGCAGCAACAAAAGCCGGGUGGUCUCUUUGGAUCUACCCCAGCUCCUGCCGCAGGUGGUUUCUCUGGCUUCGGUGCCUCGCAGCCCCAGCCAGCCGCUGGAGGUAGUAGCUUGUUCAACACACAGAACCAACAACAGCAGAAGCCCGGUGGCCUCUUUGGCUCGACUACAGGAACCGGUGGCGGUAUGUUCGGCGGUGGUCAAACCACCACAGGCCAGGGCGCCGGCUCUUCGCUCUUCGGUGGUCAAACCCAGCAACCACAGGCCGGUGGCCUAGGCGUUAGUUCUUUCGGCGCCUCUACGCCCGGACAACAGUCUCAGCCUGCCCCUGGUAGCUUCCAGGCGUCCCUCCUUGAUGGAAAUCCGUAUGGAAGCCAGUCCAUUUUCUCUGGUCUUCCUGCCCCUGGUGGAUCGACUCCUGGUCCCCUUGCUACGCCACUGUCUUCCAGCAUAAAGCAAAAGCAGCGAACCCCAUUGCCGGUCUACAGGAUCACUCCCAACGCUGCCAAUCGCCUCAUUACCCCUCCCAAGCGAGGAUACGGUUUCUCUUACUCUACCUAUGGCUCGCCAUCUGGCAACACAGGUACCUCAUCCGGUCUUGGUAGCAGUUUGUUGGGUGCUGGUGGCGGCAGUAACAGCCUCCGCGCCAGCUUCAAUGGCAGCAUCGGUCGUACCUUCAGCAAGAGUUACUCUACCAGCAACCUCAGCAAGAGCUUCGAUCCAGAGUCGGACAGCAUCCUUUCUCCCGGUGCCCUGCAGGCCGGCAGCGCACGUGGUAACAGCAACUUGAAGCGUCUCACUAUCAAUCGGGGUCUCAGAAAUGAAAUACUCUCGACCUCCGCUCGCACUUCCCCUGCCCCUCUUCUUACCAAUGGAGAAGACGCCACUCAGUCUGCCGACAAGCUGAGGAAGAAGGUCAGCUUUGACGCUACUACUUCCGGUGUUAACGGCGGAGAACUUGUUCGCGUUGAACCUAGGAGUCCCGAGCCGUCCGCUGAGGAGCUUGGCUUCCUUCGAUCUGUGCGCAAGAGUGGUAGCCUCAAUGGUUUCGAUACUGCUAGUACUACCGAUCGUUCUGAGGAGUCUGACCGCCGUGACCUCGCUGCUGUCCCCGAACGCGCACCACAAACCACCAACGGUGCUACCGUCAAGCGCCUUACCUUCAUCCCCGGGGGUGAUCCUAGGCCUGGUGAGUACUGGAUGCAACCUUCUCGCGCUGAGCUUAGCCGAUUGAACCGCGACCAACUCAAGCAAGUCGUCGACUUCACCGUUGGACGUCAGAACUGUGGAUCUGUCACUUUCAAUGGCCCUGUUGAUCUGACUACCGUUGACCUGGACAACCUUUACACCAAUAUUGUGGAUAUUGGUCUUCGCAAGAUUACUGUCUACCCCGACGAGUCGGUCAAACCUGCCAGGGGCAAAGGACUGAACGUACCAUCUACCCUGCGGAUUGAGAACUCCUGGCCUCGUGGUAGAGAUAAGAAGAGCAACUCGCCUGUCACUAGCGGUCCUCUGUUCGACAAACACAUUGAUCGUUUGCAGAAGGUGGGCGAUACUGAGUUCGUUAAUUACGAGACUGAGACUGGCACCUGGGUUUUCAAGGUGCCUCAUUUCACUACAUAUGGCCUGGACUAUGAUGAAGAGGAAGGUGAGAGUCUUGACCAGAGCACCAUGAGUGCCCAGGGACCUGACCACCCUACCCCCAGGGCUCACUUUGACCACCCCGCGAGUUUCGACCAGUCCACCAAUUUCGAUCAGUCCACUACCUUCUCCAUCGACGAGUCAUUCGUCGGUUCUAUGAUUGGUGUUGAAGAUGAUACUUUCGAUUUUAAGAAACGCAAGCUUGUUCCUGGCUCUUUCGCUAGUCAGGCCAUGCCUGUGGAGAACGAUUAUUUUUCUGAGGGUGAAACCGAGUCUUUUUUAGAGGAAGGCUCCACGGGUUCAACUACUGAGAAUGACGAUGACGUCGUCACCGAGAGCCAACAGUCUGGCGAUUCGGUAGUUGGAUCAGAUGAGGCAGAUGAAAUGGAUAUGGCGGGUGCCUUUCCGACUCCUCAUCGCACCGUGGAGCGGGACGACUACCAGAGCACCAAUGGUGACCUGGAUACCACUUACCCUAUCUCAAAACACUUCGGCAGUCCUGCAAAGCCUCAGCUCGAUCUUAGUGGCGAUUGGGCCGAGCAGCUGCAGCGCACCAUUAGCCCUCGCAAGCAAAACCGUGAUGCCUUGCGUGAAAUGCAGGCAAACGCGUUCAUCGAUCGCAACCUCGUGGAGGACGAGUCCCCCACAACCAUCGCGACAGCCCCUCCCAAGAAAGGUUUCUCGAACAGCAUUGAUCUUAUGAACUCCUUGUUCCAGCAGCCGCGCAAGCAAGUUGCCUCUUCUCCGCUAAAGGCUCCUAAGGCACCCCCAAAGGGCUUUGAGUGGCCUUACAACAAACAACCCAAGACGUUUGCUGGCGAUGCAACACAAAUGAGCGAAUCCGAUGCCGCUUUCCAUGACUCUUUCAAGCCCCGCUGGGGUCCUAUGGACUCCCUCAUCUGCGCGAAAAACGACAUGGAUACAAUCUUAGGGGUCAACCAGACCUGGAAAGAAAGUUUCUCCAUUUUCAGCGAAGAGCGUGACAUUGCAUUAAUGACUUACAACCAAUCUGGCGAGGCCAGGGAAAUGCUCGAGGUCCAACGGCUUCAGUCCUCCAUCCAGCGCAUCGAUGGUGCUCCUUUCGUUCGUAUGGCUAAGGUCGACCUAUCGCAGUUCCCCCUAUCACCUUCUACCCGUUCCCAGUCGGAGGAAGAACGCUUGGUGUGGCAGCUUCUCAACAUCCUUUUCAAUGACGAUAUCGAGGACGACAUCUCGGCAGGUGUACCGGUGCGACUCCGACAGCAAUUUGCGCACCGUAUCAAGAAGGAUCGACUCACACGUCUUUGGGAGGGAAUCAUCCGUGAAAAGCACUCUCAGAAUCUGGAUCUGAUCCGCUCCCCCGUGGAGCGCGCCGUUCACUUGAUUUGUUCGCACCGAGUGGAGGAAGCGUGCAAGAUACUGAUCGACAGUCAAAAUCCGCACCUGGCCACGGUGGUCGCACAGAUUGGCCGCGACGCUACCUCGCGGGCUGACAUAGCGAACCAGAUCGAUGUAUGGCGUCAGAGCAACAUACUCUCGGAGAUGAGUGAACCUGUCCGAGCCCUUUACGAACUGGUUGCAGGAAAUGCUCUCCGCAGCGAGGGCAAAUCGGGUGGUGCGCUUGAAGACCGGGCCUCCACCUUUGGCUUCACCGAGCGGUUUGAUCUAGAUUGGUUCCAGGCCUUUGGUCUUCGUUUGUGGUAUUGCACUGCUGAGGACGAGCCAAUUGAGGUGGCUGUUUUCAAGUUCCUUGAGGACUUGGCCACCGGACAUGAACCCGCCUUCCCCUACCCGUCGCACCAGGCCAGUACACGUGCUGUUCCACAGCCUGGCUCUGAUACCGUUGGGCGUGAAUCUUCUCUUUGGGUUCUGCUUAAGGCCUUCUCGGUGAUUCAAGGUCAAAGCGCCCAAUCCAUUGAAUUCCCGGCAUCUUUCCUUCCCGAAUCCGUCUCUGGUGACCGUCUAUCCAACCGACUCUCUUUCCAGCUACACCACGUUCUCGCUGCGACAGUCGGGCAAAACCAGGCCAUAAAAAUCGACCAACAUCAAACUGACCAACUCGUCUGGGAUUUCGCUUCUGAACUCAGCGCAGGUGGAAAACUUGACCAAGCACUGUUUGUCCUGUUGCACCUCUCCCAAGCCAAAGACCGCAAGCACGCCGUCCAAGAAACUCUCGCCCGGUUCGCCGCUCAACUGCCCGAGCCCUUCGCUGCCGAUGGCUCCUCCCACCCAGCAUGGCAAUAUCUCGUCACUGAGCUCCAGCUUCCCGAGCCCUGGAUCUGGGUUGCCAAGGCCCUGCAUGCUCGCGACAUCGGCGACGCUGCCCGUGAGGUCGAUUGUCUUAUUCGCGGCAAGCACUGGAACGACGCCCACGCCACAUUCUGUCGCAUCGUCGGCCCAAGCACCAUUAUCGAGGGCGACUACCGCACCCUCGAAGCUCUGGUCUCUGGCUUCGGUGACGGACCCGAGCGUAAAAUGCGCGGCUGGGCUUCUGGCGGUGGCGUUUACGAAGAUUUCCUCCGCCUGGUCAACGCCACCAGCGGCCGUCGUGAUCCAACUCGCCUGAACCGCCUGGUGGCUGCUCUUGUUGCAAUGGGCGAUCGCGUCCAGGGAUCUAGCUUGGAAGGAUUGGAGGAGCGUGUUGCAUUUAAGGAGAUGAGCCGGGCUGUUGCCGGCUGGAUUACACACGAGGAUGUUCACUGUGUUGAAUCCUCCGCUGUUUUGGGCUUGCCCUUGACAGGCGAUGCUCGCGUUUUGCAGACCGCAGAGAUGAGCCGUCGGUACUACGGCGUCAUCAUGGCGGGUGGCCAUUAA